CUUCCGUAUGCCACGAGUGCAACCCUAAAAAGACAAAAAAAAAAAAAAAAGACAGGAUGCUGAGGGCUAGAGAGAGCCUUAGGGGUCCUGUCAAUUGCUGGGCCUGGGAAAGACUUCCACCUGUCUCAUGCUGUAAUUGGCAAGUGACAGAGCCAGGAGGAUAAGCCAGGCUCUCCUCGCUGCCUUGUUCUUUUUCCACUGUGUUCUAGCUCAAAUUGUGCAUUUUAUUCUAUUUAUUUUAUUUACUUUUUGUCUUUUUAGGGCCACAUCCGAGGCAUAUGGAGGUUCCCAGGCUAGGGGUCAAAUCGGAGCUACAGCUUCCAGCCUACACCACUGCCACAACAAUGCCAGAUCUGAGCCAUGUCUGUAACCUACACCAUAUCUCAUGGCAAUGCUGGAUUCUUAACCCACUGAGCAAGGCCAGGGAUUGAACCUGCGUCCUCAUGGAUGCCAGUCAGAUUCGUUUCUGCUGAACCACAAUGGAAACUCCUCAAAUUGUUCUUUUUAAAAGCAAUAAAUGAUAAAAAUGGCCAGAAAGUCUUUUUUUAUUGAUUUUUAUUUUUUCCGUUAUAGUUGAUUUACAGUGUUCUGUCAACUUCUACCAUACAGCAAAGCAGAGAAAAUCUUUUUAAAUGCUUCAUAAAAGCCAUUAAAGAGACUUGAUAAAUCGACCAAGUCAGCUUAGCAAUAUUGAUGACAAUGGCUCUAACCCACAUGCUUUUCAUCGAAAUCACCUUCUGUUGUGGUCUUAUUUUAAACCACUCUUUCCAGAAUCUAUCUAUCCAAAGAAAGCAUGACAUCAGAGAGAAAAAGGUGUGUUUUUAUUAUUUCACAUCUUUUGUUCUGCUGUACCUACUGCCACGAGAGAGCUCCUUUAUCAGGGGAAGGAGAAACAAGAAAAUGGAAUCCAGCCUUCACUGGGAGCCUAAGGAUUUCCACCAGGUCUGAAGUGAACAGAAGAAAUGCUCUUAGCCCUCUGCUGGCGUGUGUUUGAAGGCACCUGGUGGGACACUCUAUCACCAAAACCUGAAAGAGGGCAGAACAGUCCCUUCUUGAUUAUGGGACAAGGCUUACCUACUUGUACAUGGUCUGGGCACUUUGUCACAGCAUAAUUGCCUCGGAUUGCUCAUUUCCCAGUCAUUUGGGGGUUGUGUGUGUGUGUGUGUGUGUGUGUGUGUGUGAGCAUUCGUGCAUGUGUGUGUGCCCACACAAAUGAGUAGAUGUUUCUGCCGACUGUCUGAUCAGCAAUCUGCUGUUAGACACCAUGGAACAACUUGCUCAUUGUGGUUAGAGGCUAUUAGCCACUUAAUAAUGACAUCGGUCAUCAUUUUCAUUUCUCAUUCUGCCCAGAUUUUAUCUUCAAACCAUACUCAGAAGGAAUGCCUAAGUUUCCUAAAAUAGAGUGACCCAGUUUUAAUAGCUCUACUCUAGUCACCACCUUGGUGGCUGGUGUGGCAUUUUAGGGUUGAAUAAUACCUAGUAAUUAUGGCGUGCUUCCCAUAUGCCUGGCACUGAUUUAGGUCUUUAUAAACAUAACUCCCAGAGCCCACAUAAGAACUCUGGGAGGUAGAUACUCUCAUUGGCCCCAUUGUACAGGUAGAGAACCUGAGACACUGAGGAGUUCAAUAAUUCACACUUGGAAGGGAACAGAACUUGAAUCCAUAUUGAGAUCUGUUUGACGUUUAUGUUAUCUAUUACCACGGGUACUGUGUGCCAUUUGGCUAGUAAGAUGCUCAUAAUAUAUCAGAAUGAUGGAAGGAGUGGCAGGCAAUCUAGGUUUGAAUAAAGAGACAAAAUAAGAUUGGUGUUAAAAUAAUGGGACGUUUGGAAAUGGGUGCGGUCAUUUUGGUCAUUUUGGUUGUUACAUUGACAUGUUAACACCUGUUAUCGGUGAUCUCCCAGGACACCGAAUGUCUGGCUGUCCACAUAAUUCUAGACAACAAGGAACUGUCUGCUUCAGAAUGUCAGCCUGCUAAGAAACACCAAUAGAGUGGAAUAGUAGUAACUUUAAAUGAUGCUAUAAAACGGAAGGUGACAGACUCAAAUGCCUUCAGGGACCAGCCAGGGUCUAAAAGGAACCUGGUCCUCCUCAGGACAUCCACAUACAAAGUCUUAAGGCAUGUUAUCAAACAAAAUCAUUAAAUUUUGUUUAAUGGCAAAAUUGGCAUUAAAUUUGGCCUGUGGGCCCCUAGAUUGGAGCUUUUUUAUUUUAUUUUAUUGAAAUACAGUUAAGUGUUGUGUCAAUUUCUGCUAUACAGCAUAGUGACCCAGUCAUACAUAUAUAUAUAUAUAUUCUUUCUCUCAUACUAUCUUCUAUUAUGUUCUAUCCCAAGAGACUGGAUAUAGUUCCCUGUGCUGUCCAGUAGGACUAUAUUGCUUAUCCACUCUAAAUGUAAUCGUUUGCAUCUAUUAACCUUGAACUCCCCCUCCCCUGUCCCCUUUGGCAACCCCAAGUCUGCCCUCCAUAUCUGUGAGUCUGUUUCCGCUCUGUAGAUAGACUCAUCUGUGCUGUAUUUUAGAUUUCACAUGUAAGUGAUAUCAUGUGGUAUUUUUCUUUCUCUUUCUGACUUAGUUCACUUAGCAUGAGAAUCUCUAGUUGCAUCCAUGUUGCUGCAACUGGCAUUAUUUUGUUCUUCUUUAUGGCUGAAUGGUAUUCCAUUGUAUACAUGUACCACAUCUUUUUAAUCCAUUCAUCUGUCAAUGGGCAUUUAGUAGAUUGGAGUCUUUUAAUGGAGGUUUUUCUUGUCUGGAAACAAGUUUAUGAUAUAUUAAGUGAAGAGAAAAAGCUACCAAUCAGCGUGACACCAUAUUUUAAAAUAUCGUGUAAACAUGCUCCAAAGUGUAUGCAUUUAUGAAAAUAUAUAGAAAACUUUAUGGAAGAAAUUUGGGGUCAUUUUUGUGAAAUGCUUUGCUUAUUUACAUUUUUAAUUCUCAUAUUAUAAACCCUUAUUCUUUGUUUAAUUUUUUAAUAAAUAAAGAGAGAAGGGAGUCUUUAAAGAUUAAAACUUUGAGCACACGUUUAGAACAUAGCUCUGGUGGCGUCCUGACCAUCUCCUUCAAUGAAAGAGGGGGAAUAAUUUCUGAGAUUAAGGACGAAUGAGAUGCUCAAUAUGAGGUAAUCAAUCCUAAGGCACUAGAUCACCUUUAAAAAAGGGACAUUUGAGUAGUUCCUAUUGUGGCGCAGCAGGUUAAUAACCUGACUAGUAUCCAUAAGGCUGCGGGUUUGAUCCCCGGCCUUGCUCAGCAGGUUAAGGAUCCGGCAUUUCCCUGAGCUGCGGUGUAGGUCACAGACACGGCUGUGAUCUGGCCAUUUCUGUGGCUGUGGCCAGAAUAUACACCUUCGAUUGGACCCCUCGCCUGGGCCCAGCCUCACCUAGUGGGUGUGGCCCUUUAAAAAAAAAAAAAAAAAAGGAACAAUUGAUGUUCCAGGCGCACUAGCCUAGCUUCUAGCCCUUUGCCAGGAUUUUCAUGUCUUUUUCUUUUCUUUUUUGGGGGGCCUUCCCAUUGGCCCUAGUUUAGGGAUCAGAUCUAAGCUGCAUUUGCGACCUACGCUGCAGCUGCGGAAAUGCUGGAUCCUUAACCCACUGAGCAAGGCCAGGCAGGGACUGAACAUGUGUCCCAAUGUUCCCAAAAAGCCGCUGAUCCUAUUGCACCCCAGCAGGAACUCCUUCAUAUCUUUUUUGAUGCAAUAAAUUUCUCCUGGUAAAGUUAAGAUCGCAUCUUAUUUUUGCAACUGCCCCAGAAAUCAGGAUAGGUAAUGACAUUUUCUUGAGAAAUUGGUAUCUAUUGAAAAUUUUUUUUCUAAUUUUAUCGAGGUAUGGUUGAUUUACAAGGUUGUACUAGCUUCAUAUUGAACUUUUAGGACAGCUUAUUCAAAAGAAGACAAGGGCAUUUAAAAUACACCUAUGCCCUUUCUUCUGUCAAGUCACCUGAUCCUUCAAGAUCACUGUUUUUCGAGAACAAUGCCCUUCUCGCUUCUUCUUCAUCACUUUGGUGUUUUAUUUCUGGCAUCCUGGCUCUGUAAAUUUUAUUUUGUGCAUGCCACUUUUUGGGAGGUCUUUUUUUUUUUUUUUGUCUUUUUCUAAGGCCACACCCACGGCAUGUGGAGGUUCCCAGGAUAGGGGUCUAAUCAGAGCUAUAGCUGCCGGCCUAUGCCAGAGCCACAGCAACACCAGAUCCAAGCAGCAUCUUGGACCUACACCACAGCUCAUGGCAAUGCCAGAUCCUUAACCCACUGAGCAAGGCCAGGGAUCGAACCGGCAACUUCAUGGUUCCUAGUUGGAUUCUUUAACCACUGAGCCACAACGAGAACUCCUGUACAUGCCACUUUUAGACUGAGCUUUCUUUCUGGAGCUUGCAGAUAGCUGGCGAGUGUUCGAUUUUCUAUCCAUUUGUCCUGGGACUCAGAGGAGGUGAGAGGUGGGUCAUUUCUCUUGUUUUCCGUCUGGGUCAGUUUCCACCUCCUGCCUCCCUGGGGCCCCUUUGUGCUAAACCAGAGUGAGCUCAUGCAGCUGUCCUGCAGAAGGAACCACAGAAGCUCUGAUGCUCAGAUGAACUUCUGGUGCUUCUCGGCACCAGGGUGGUGGGUGCUUGGGGUGAAGCAGAGGAAGAGGAAAGGGAAUUCUCCCACUUAGAACGUUCCCACCUACCAUCUCCCCCAGCGCAUCCCUACGUGAUCUGAAUCUAUACGUAAUGAAGCACUCGUGUCUGGAUCUUGAAUCCAGCUUUAUAAAUCAGACUAAAUACAGCUCUUUAGGCGUGAUGGUGUUAGGUGUUCUUUGCUCAUUUAACUUGAAAAGCAAAGGGUAGAUUGAGUUAGGUUCCUUUGCGGGAAGUGUCUAGAAUUUAUUAGGCGGGAAAGACGCGACUGAAGCAAGUAUGAUGACUAAAUUGGGCAGGGUUGUUCCCAAGUUUUGACCUCACACACACACAAAAGUCAUUCUUAAGGGCUGGCUUGUUGUUUUGUGAAGGGUGUAGGGGUGAAGGUGGUAAUUUCCCUCUGGCACCCCCAGCCGGCCAAUACCCACAGGCCUGGAGAGGCCGUGGUGACAAGCCCCACAGACUCCCUCUCUGGUUAGUGCCUCUUCUGUGCCCCAACUUUAGUCCAAGUUGGAGCUUGGAAGAGCCCCAGCAUGAGAACUGCAGACAAAACCCAAAACGCCGAGACUUUCCACACGGCCCUCAUCACUUGGAAACUGAUUGGGGGGAAAAUAAGCCUAUUGGCAAUAAAAGGCUUUUCAACCUUUACCGUCUUCAGUAGGACAGUGGGCGGUUUCAUGGCCUCAUCUUGUACUGAAUAAACAUCCUUUCAGUGUUUACUAUCCUGGCUUGUCUUAGUGUAAUCUCCAUAUUCAACCCCAUGUUGAUGGAAUUUAUAAGUGUUUUGUUUUUUUCUUUUUUACUUUUUAGGGCCACCCUCCCAUGGCAUAUGGAGGUUCCCAGGCUAGGGGUCUAAUCAGAGCUGUAGCCGCUGGCCUACGCCACAGGCACAGCAACUUGUGAUCCAAGCUGUGUCUGUGACCUACACCACAGCUCACGGCAACGCCGGGUCCUUAGGAUCCUUAACCCACUGAGCGAGGACAGGGAUCGAACCCGACAGCUCAUGGUUCCUAGUCGGAUUCGUUUCUGCUGUGCCACGAUGGGAACUCCAUCAGCUGAUUUUUAUUUUUAUUUUUUAAUGUAUUUAUUUAUUUAUUUAUUUAUGUCUCCUUGCCAUUUUUCUUGGGCCACUCCCUUGGCACAUGGAGGUUCCCAGGUUAGGGGUCGAAUCGGAGCUAUAGCCGCUGGCCUACACCACAGCCACAGCAACUCAAGAUCUGAGCCACGUCUGCAACCUACACCCCAGCUCACAGCAAUGCCGGAUCCCCAACCCACUGAGCAAGGUCAGGGACCGAACCCGCUACCUCCUGGUUUCCAGUCGGAUUCAUCAACCGCUGAGCCACGAUGGGAACUCCUCCAUCAGCUGAUUUUUAAAAUAAACAUGCUCGUAAAGGUUGGAACAGCAUCCACAGUCCUGGACUUAAAGCCCAGUGAAGUCACAGAGGGUGUGAGUGAAUGUGUGUGCAUGUGUGUGUGUGUAAGAUUGGGCUUCCUCACAGUCUCUACCUGUGUGUUUGCUGCAGUUGGACCCCUUUGUGCUUCCAGCAGCAGGUAAGUCUCCUGGGAGCAGAGACGAAUGGUUGGAGGUGUAGGCUUGGAUGUAGAGCUCAGAUCCAGGCCUGGCUGUGUGACCUCAGACGCAUUCCCUCAGCCCUUGGAGCUCACAUUGCUCCUUAUAAAAGGAGGGUAGUGACAUCUAAGUCAUGGGAUUAUGUGGAUCAGGUAGAAUGGGCCAUGUCCCAUGGACUCAUCACUGUGGCUGGCAGAGAACAAGUGCCCACUGGCCCUUACUGCCUCUUUUGUAGAUUCAAAAACUGGAAUCUGGGGAGUUCCUAUUGUGGCUCAGCAGAAUAAGAACCUGACUAGUAUCCAUGAGGAUGCAGGUUCGAUCCCUGGCCUUGCUCAGUGGGUUAAGGAUCCAGUGUUGCCUUGAGCUGCAGUGUAGGUCACAGACAGCUCAGAUCUGGUGCGGUUGUGGCUGUGGCAUAGGCCGGCAGCUACAGCUCCGAUUUACCUCCUAGCCUGGGAACUUACGUAUGCCACAGGAGCAGCCUUAAAAAGAAAAAGACAAAAUCUGGAAUCUGGGGAGAGAAAAGCAAACGACACCCCAGUAGCUGAGUUUGCCUGGGAGUCCUGACCUGCUGCCCCACCUCUGCAGGUCUCCGGGACAGUCCCGCUGGCCGUGCUCCUUGGCGACAGGGUGCCCAGGGUGGAUCCACCCACAUCUUUUCCUACCACCCCCCUCCAGAGAUCCUGAGCCCCACUCACAACCCGAAGCUUCCCUGCGAGGAGCACAUCAUGCUGACGGAGUGAGUGGCCCCGGAAGAACCGGCACGGGUUCCUUUCAGGCUGAUGAGAAAUGAAGCUCUGGCAAGGAGUAGUGAUCGCAGUGGUGUCGCUGGUCCUGCAGGCCUGCCUCCUCGCAGCCAUCAACUACCUGCUCAGCCGGCACAUGGUCAAGGAGAAUGAGCGGAUACUGAAAGAGGCCAGGCUCCAGGUCCCCAUACUCAGCCCUGCCCAGCCCCACGCACCUGCUGUCAAGGAGAUAAAGGAAGCUCGGGCAGAGAGAAACCCCCCUGCAUCUGAGCCCCGAUACCGGCAUGACAGCGACACAUCCUCCGAUAGUUCUGACAGCUCAGACAGCUCGCCGCCCACCCACCAGGCCACCAAGGAUGUGAACUACACACAAGUGAUCUUUUCAGCCCCUGGAGGACGAAGAAAUGAAUCCGUCCUAGACUAUGAGAACAUAAAGGAAACGACAGAUUACGUCAAUGUCAACCCCAAAACCCAUAAGCCCAAUUUCUGGGCUUUUGUGAACCCUGCCUCUGAGCCAGUGGAAUACACUCAAGUGGCCCUGUGAAUUCUAGGCUUUGCAGUGGCAUGCAGUGCCUUAUGAAUUCUUGCACUUAGACUGUAGGUGAAUUACGGAGAUUUGUUUUGUUUUUUUAAACAAGGCAUAAUAAACCUGAAUCUUUCUUGCAUCUCCGCAAGAAUGAUUCAAAUCAGGAAGCCUUCCAGGUGAUGUAUGAAAACAUUGGAGCAUCUCAGUAGAGAAGGUCAUGAAGACGCUCGCCAGCGAAAAAUGUGUCGAGGUUUUCAUCAGCUGUCAUCGUUCUGUUUGACGGUCUUAUAAGUAAAUGCCUCUCUGAGCUCUUGAAUUAUUGCCAAUAAACAAUCCUUAAAAGUUUAAAAUAAAACAGCAACUACUCGUUCCUCUUUUCCUCUCACCUAAGCUUGCAUGCUGUUCCUUUUUCAGCAUUGUUAUCUUGCUGAGUAAUCCUGCCCUCCCCUCAGAACUUUCAAUGGUGCCCUUGGAAAGCCCACCAUCACUCCACCUUCAAAGCUGCAGUUUCUUGGGAACGAAAGAUGACAGGGUACUAGUGCCAACCAACAUCACAGUCUGUUAUUCCAAGGAAAAUCUUUCCAAAUUUAAUCCAAUAAAAUUCAAUAUCCA